AUGUUAAUUAUUCCUUUGAAACUAACGUCAAGUAGAUUUUUCAAUCAUAUUGUAAUCAGAAGUAUAGGAAUAGGAAGUUUCUUGAUUAUAUUAUUGCUUAUAUUCAAUCAUCUAUCGAUUCCAUCUGAUAUACACAUACAUUAUUAUUAUUCAAACGGAACCCAAAUAAAACGAUACAAUAUCAGUCAUGUUUGUGAAUAUCUUUUCAGGAACUCUACCGUGAAUCAUAGUCAUGAAAUUUCUGAAAGCAAUCAAUCAUUGUGGAAUGAUGGAUUUUUCAAUUUAUCAAAUCCAUACAGAUGCGAACAGUUUAAGUUGUUCUAUGGUCAUUCUGUUAAUUUGUCAAAGGAAGAAGAACAAUUUCCCCUGGCAUUCAGUAUAGCUAUACAUCAAAGCACUAAACAAGUAUCUCGUCUCCUUCGGUUGAUUUACAGACCACAUAAUUUAUAUUGUAUUCAUGUAGAUUCGAAAUCUCCACAAGCAUUGUAUGAUGAUGUGUUGAAUUCUGCUCAAUGUUUCGGCCCUAAUAUCAUAGUGGUUAAUCGAUCAGAAAGUGUAAAUGUUCAAUGGGGUUAUUAUUCCAUACUUGAAGUGUUUCUUUUAUGUGCAGAUAAAUUAUUAAAUAAUACUGACUACAUGUGGGAAUACAUUCUAAAUGUGAAUGGACAAGAACUGCCUUUAAGGACAAACUGGGAGUUGGUUGCAGCAUUGAAAGCCAUAAAUGGUUCUAAUGUCGUCGAAGGUCUAGGCCCUCGAUUUAACCGUAACAGGUGGCCUAAUAAGACUUUUGAAUUUCCUAUUGUUUGGAACAAAGGAAGCUUCUAUAUGGCAUUAAAACGAGAGUUCAUACAAUUUUAUAAAACUGAUUUAAAGUCACAGAAAAUACUUGAUGCGAUCAAAUCUGAGAAACAUUUACAAAAGCAUCCAGAUGAAUUAUAUUUUCCUACUUUAAAUUAUAAUCCCCAAUUUGGUGCCCCUGGUGCUUGUAUAAAUAAUGAUAAAAAGAAUUUAUCAUCUCCAUUUAUAGCACGCUACGUCAAUUGGGGCAAGAAAAAUUGUCUAAGUCAACAUACUCGUCGAACUGUUUGUAUAAUUGGUAAAGCUCAUCUACCAUUUAUACCAUUACGAAUGGAGUUCUUUGUAAAUAAAUUUCAAGAAAAUUUUCAACCUAUUGCAUAUGACUGUAUAGAAUAUUAUAUAAUGAAUAAAGUAAUCAAAGAAAUGCAAACAAAACAACUAGAUCCAAAUUUUGACGUAACAUUUUAUUCUAGACUGCAUUGUUCUAGCAAUCAUAUUUAA